AUGUCUGCUUCAAAUGAUCUUGGUCAAUGGUACAACAGUAUCCCAAAAAUAACUCGUGUAUGGUUUACAGGUUGUAUUAUUGUUCCUGUUGCAGCACGUCUUGGUUUAGUUCGACCACAAAGUCUUGUUCUCUUCAUGGAUCCGAUUAUUCAUAAUUUUCAAAUAUGGCGAUUACUUACAGCUGUACUCUUCUAUCCUAUGAGUUUUAAUUAUUUAAUUAAUCUCUAUUUUCUUUAUCAAUAUAGUUCACGUCUUGAAUCAAGUACGUUCAAUGGUAAACCAGCUGAUUAUAUAUUCUGUUUAUUUUUUCUUUGGCUAUGUAAUAUUAUUGUUGGUGGCAUUCUAUCAUUAUAUAUACUAAUGGAUGCACUGAUUAUGAGUGUUAUGUAUAUUUGGUGUCAAUUAAAUAAAGACGUUAUUAUGUCAUUUUGGUUUGGUAUGCAAUUUAAAGCAAUGUAUAUGCCAUGGGUUCUUAUGUUAUUCAAUUGGAUUAUUUCAGGAUCAUUUUUAGUACAAUUAUGUGGAAUUGUUAUUGGUCAUCUAUAUUUCUUUCUUGUAUUUAAAUAUCCACAAGAUUUUGGUGGUCCACGUUUAUUACAAACACCAAAUUUUCUAUAUCGUUAUUUUCCAAAUGAACAAACAGGUGUAAGUGGUUUUGGUACAGCACCAAUACCUCGUCGUCAACCAGGUGCACAAGAUAAUGAAGGAAAUCGUGGUCGACAAGUAUUCGGUGGCCGUGGUCAUGUACUUGGUGAUCAAUAG